UGUCGGCCAACCCAACGGUGGAAAGAGGGAAAACAACGCAGCCAUGACGGGCGCCGGUGUGUGGGUGGACGUGUUUUCCAAGCUGUUUAGUUACUGUGCUGUGUGUGACGCGGCAGAUCCCUUGGUCCUGAGAGUCUUAGGUCUGUGCGAAAACCUGCCCUACGAUCACCUCUACGUUCAAGAAAGCCACGCUAAUACCAAGCCCUAUUUUAGGGGCUAUUCAGUCAGUAACAUCUCAUGGCAUGAAGGCAGGUGGCUUGCCCAGCAUCCAGACAGUGAGAUUCAGCUAAGCUACACGCCCGCACACCCUUACGAGUAUCCCUUCGGACGGCGUCGGUGGGCGGUCAAGGAGGCGGAAGGAUGUGGGCGGCCGGAAGAUGGGUCUCUCGCCCUCGCCCUCACCACCUGCUCUCAGGGGAAUUUCACCUGUGACGAUGGGUCUUGCCUCCCCAUGGAGAUGAAAUGUGACUCUCAGGCUGACUGCCCCGACGAGAGCGACGAGAACGACUGCGAGCUGAUGACCAUUCCCGAAAGCUAUAGACCAAACAUCCCUCCGAGGUCCUCGCAAAGCAACGCCGCCUACCCAGUGAGGCUCCACGUGUCCGUCCUUGCCCUAGAGAUCAUCACGGACAAGAUGGAGAUUGUGAUGGACUUCGAGGUGACGCUGCUGUGGCUGGAUCGUCGCCUCGUCUUUAACGACUUGAACGAAGACAGCGUGAUCAACGCCCUUCGCUUGGAUCACCUGAAGAAGCUGUGGAUCCCGGAAGUAUCCUUCGCCAACGCCAAGGGGAAUGCCCACACGCUGAUUGACGGGGAGACUGACAGCAGUAUCCUUCGCUGGGGAGAACCUAAUUCCGGCGACUCCACCUACAGUAGGGAAGUAUACUUCUUUGCGGGUGCAGUAAACCCCAUCCAGUUAAAAAGGAAGUAUUCGGCGACGUACAGCUGCAGCCUCAAUCUUGCACUCUACCCCUUCGAUACUCAGAUCUGUUCCUUUAACUUUGUGCUGACGUCAGCGAGAAAAGAAAAACUGGAACUCGUAGCGGCCGAGCAGGACCUCGGAGUGCGGUACGAAGGAGAAUGGCAGCUCAUGGAGUACACAAUCGAGAGAUUUUCUAUGUUAGACAAAAAUCAUUCUAAAUACAGUCAGAAGGAGGUGGUGAUUCACUUCCGAAGGCGCUACGGGUUCGCCAUCCUCACGGUCUACAUCCCGUCCACCUUCUUCGUCUGCAUCGCUUACCUCACUACCUUCUUUCCCGUCUCGAAUUUGCAGGUCCGUGUCAUCAUCGCGCUGACGGCCAUGCUGGUGCUGACGACCCUGCUGAACCAAGUAUCAGCGCAGCUCCCGAGGAAUUCCUACUUCAAAGCCAUCGACAUGUGGAUGUUCGGCGCCAUAGGACUCAUCUUCUCCAUCCUCAUUAUGCAGACUGUGGUAGACGUUGUUCAUAGGAAAGCUCAGGAGACGUUGACUAAGGUUGUUCCAGCGACGGAGAAAAUUGUUGGUCAGUUCGCGUCCGAAAAUUCCAACAAUGAACAACGUGCGGCCAGGAUUUUAAAAUACAUGCAAAUUAUCUUCCCCCUUCUCGUGGGGGUACUGGUGUUAAUAUAUUCCAUUUACCUCUUUAGCUCCGUCUAAUGAUAUAUUUUUAUUAUAGGUAAGUCACCCUAUUUAGUAUUCCUCGUGAUCAUAGAAAACGUUGUUGUAACUCCUGGUAUAACUAAUCUGUUUUAAAUUUUUAUAUUGUGUGUGUACAAACCCAUUUUUCUGCUCAGAUAUGUCACACCUUUCCUUCUUGGUUACACUGAUUAUUCAACAGUGUAGAAGAAAUAACAUCAAUUGAUAUGGUCUGAAUUUGGAAUUAAUAUAUAUUUUAUUAUAAAUGUGAUGUUACUGCCUGGUUGGCAACAAUGGAAACAUAAGUGAUAAUUGUAAUUGUUA